AUUAUUCUGAUCAUUACCCAUUCUCAAUUUUCUGGAGGGAAAAUAGACGGAGCACACAAUAUAUCAAACACCUUCAUUUCUCUCGCAGAUAACAAGCCAGUUUCUCACUAUGGAUGCUUAUUCUUCUAGCUAUUCUUCUUCCUCUUCCUCACCAAUGUAUAUUUCCCAAUACCCACAUGAAGGAAAGGGCCUAAAGGCAUCGCAAUUGCUUCAUUCGGUUCGUAAGCCCCAGUUGAAGCCAUGGAAGAAACCUAUAGCACCAUUGGCACCAACCCCACCAAGAGUGUACAAGGUCGACCCUAUAAACUUCAAGGAUCUUGUUCAAAAGCUCACCGGUGCACCUGAGCCGUCGCAGCCUCAACAGCGGCUCCAACGUGUGGCGCCUCCUCCGCUUGUUCUUGAUAAAGACAAACCGGCAUUGUUUAGCAGAGAGUUCGCAGCAGCAGCACCUUUGCAGCUCCUUCCUUCCCCUGUGAAAACCCCAUUUUCUGCUUUAUUUCAGGAGUUGAUGUCUGAUACAACUGAUCCCAAACUCAAGAAGAUUUCUGAUAGUGUAGUAGCUUCGCCUUCGCUCGAAUUGAACCUCUUGUCUCCAUCAACCCAUGGCUGGUGUUCUUUUCCUCUUCUGAGUCCUGGAACACUUUCCAGCUUGGAGCAAAGCACAGUCCUUUAAAAUUUAGCUGAAAGCAGCUUUAUUUCUUGCUUCUUUAAGCUUCAAAGAGAUGCAGAAUAGAUCAAACUUCUCUUC